GGGGAGCAGGGGGAUGCCUCGGGAAGAACAGUUCAGGCCGGGCCUGGUGCCCCUGACAGUGCUGCCCAGUGGUUAAGCCCUGAGUUCAGACCCCUGCCUGGCUGUGUAACCCUGGGUAAGCUGCUGGCCCUCUCUGAAUCUUGGCUGCAGCUUCUCAGCAGUGCCAACCCCAGCCAACAGUUACUGGGUGCUCCUCCCUGCCUGGUUCUGGGCUAAGCACCUCCCACACAUCAUCUGUCAGUCCUCACCCCUCUGUGUGAGUCCAGGGGCAGUCUGCCCUCUGCCAGGUCACCGUUGUCAGCCACACUCUCACUCUGGGGUCACAUCUGGCUCCCGGGAUACCACCGGCUUCUGUAUCCAUGUUGCCAGCCCCAACUAUUGCCCUGAACUGGAACUCUUCAUCAGGCCACUUAAUGGGCAUCUCAGCACAAGUGGCGUUCUUAAUUCUGUGACCCCAUCAUCUGUGGUCACCAUCCUGGCUCCCCACCUCAGGACUGGAGCCUGAGCACCUCCAUGGCCUCUCUUCUCCCACAUCUGCUGCCCUAUUGAUUCUUCUUUUAGAUUUUGAAUCUCCCCACUUUCAUGGUCUCUGUAGCCUCCAGAUGUUGCAGAGGCUGGUCUUCAAUUCUGCAGCCAACGUUGCUUCCGCCCUUGACACUGAGGCCGCCUCCUCCGUCCCCAGCUUUUUCCCUUGCCCCUUGGAGCCCACACUCAACCAGGCAGCCAGAGGGAUCUUCAGAAAUUGCCGAUCAGAUUUCAGUCCCAGAAUCUACCAACAGCUCCCAUCACACUUAGAAUGGGACAGGAACUCCUCACCAGGGCCUCAGAGUCCUCAAGUGCCUCCUCUCUGACCUCAUGUCUGCUGGAGGGGAGGUGCCACCCCUUGGAUGGGGCCCCAUUUCAGUUCCUUGAGUAACCUAAGUUUGUUCCCCCGAGGCCUCUGUACUUGCUCUUCCUGUGUGCAGCCCUCUUUCCUCUUGCCCUACAGGAGUCAAUUCAAACGUUACUUUUUCCUUGAAGCACCCUCACCCUCCCAUCCCCUGCCCCUUUUCACUUCCCAGGGCUUCUCCACAGCCCUUUCUGUUCCUCUGAAAUUACCUACUUCAAGCCCAUGUCCAUUCACCUAUGCCCUCUGGACUGUAAGCUGUUUGAGGCAGGGAACUUGGUGGUCUCGCUCCCUGCUCACAGCCAGACCCCACAACAGAGGAGCUUGAGCUCAGCAAAUACUGGAUGGAUAGAUGGAUGGCACUUAGAAAUAUUGAAGGAGUUGCCUGACCACAAACAGCAGCAAACCUGGGUACAGGCCAGGACAACCAGACCCCCAACUGGCCGGCUUAACCUCGAGCUGUGCUGACCUCACGGUAUUUGGUUAAGGGCUUGGCUGCCUGGGUUGGAAUCCCUGCUCUGCUUACUCACUGUGUGUCCUUGGACAAGGCACUUACCCUCUCUGAGCCUACAUCCUCAUCUGUAAAACGAGGAAAUUAACAAUUCUAACUGAAAUGGACUAAAUGGAAUAACAGAGGUGAAGCACAGGUGCAGGGCUCCCAGGAAUGCCUGCUAGUUGUAGCAACCAUGUUUAGCGUCAUCUUCCUGCUGCGAGAGUCUGGGGAGAGUGGGGGGCAGCCCACAUGCCUGCCUGCCAGGCUGGGCAUCUGGGUAUGCCACUGCAUUCCCCCGCUGGUUGGACAGGUUUUGGGGAGGGCAGGCAGUGGCCUGGGGCCCAGGUGGGGCUGGGAGGGUUAAUUAGAGGGAGCGGGCUGGGAGGGGCUGGGCAGAGGCUGAACCUCCAGAGGCCAUGGCACAGGUGUAUGAGGCCAUGGGCAGGGGCUUCAAUUCUGCCAGACUCAGGCGCCAGAAACGACGCCUGCAACCUCGGGUCCAGAAGCCCAGGAGGCAGCCAGAGCGGCUGCAACAGGAGAACCAUGAGCUCCGCCAGGGCCUGGCAGCUCAGGGAGCCGAGUGGGAGGCCAGGGCUGUGGAGCUGGAGGGGGACGUGGAGGCCCUGCGGGCACAGCUGGGGGAGCAGCUCUCAGAGCAGCAGGACAGUGGGCGCGAGCGAGCGCAGGCCCUCAGUGAACUCAGUGAGCAGAACCUUCGGCUCAGCCAGCAGCUGGCCCAGGCCUCCCAGACUGAGCAGGAACUUCAGAGGGAACUUGAUGGCCUUCGGGGGCAGUGCCAGGCUCAGGCCCUGGCUGGGGCAGAGCUGAGGACACAGCUGGAGAGUCUACAGGGGGAGAACCAAAUGCUGCAGAGCCGCCGGCAGGACCUGGAGGCCCAGAUCCGAGGCCUACGUGAGGAGGUGGAGAAGGGCCAGGGCAGGAUUCAGGUCACCCACGAGCAGCUGCUGCUACUGCGGCGAGAGAGACGGGAGCACAGCCUGGAGCUGGAACGCGCGCGCUCCGAGGCCGGGGAGGCGCUGAGCGCCCUGCGGAGGUUGCAGCGCCGAGUCUCCGAGCUGGAGGAGGAGUCGCGCCUCCAGGACGCCGAUGUGUCUGGAGCCUCCCUACAGUCGGAGCUUGCUCAUAGCCUCGAUGGGGACCAGGACCAUCACACUGACCGACGCGGAGACGCCCCGACCACUGCAUCCGCGGAGCUGCAAGAGACGUCCAGCCAACAGCCUUCAUCCCAGGAGAGCUUGGAACCUCCCCAAAAGCAAGCAUCCCUGAGCCCAGGGGAGAUACUGGAGGAGAAGGAGGCGGAAGUAGCCCGCUUGCAGGAUGAGGUCACGCUGCAGCGGGCUGAGCUACAGUCCCUGCGGGAGGAAAUGCAAAGGCAGAAGGAGCUAAGAGUGCAAGAGGACCCCGAGGAGGCCCUAAGCGGCGCCCUCUCCGACCGGGACGAGGCGGUGAACAAGGCCCUCGAACUGUCCCUGGAGCUCAGCCGCGUCUCCCUGGAGCGGGACUCCCUCUCCCGGGAACUUCUUCGCACCAUCCGCCAGAAGGUGGCGCUGACGCAAGAGCUGGAGGCCUGGCAGGACGACAUGCAGGUGGUGAUCGGGCAGCAGCUGCGCUUGCAACGCCAGAAAGAGCAGAGCGCGGCCAGAGCCGCCCCGCGCCGCCCCACGCCGCGCUUCUCGCUGCGCCUGGGCCCUGGGCCCGCCGGCGGCUUUCUCAGCAACCUCUUUCGAAGGACCUGAGGGCCGGGCCAAGGGGGCCGCUCAUGCCCCCUCUGGCUCACUUUACUCUUCUGACCAUUGGAGCCGCAGGGCCCCGAUUGUCUUCCAAAGGGGGCUAAUGCCCUCCCCGCCCCGGGAGCAGGGGCCUGCUUUGGGGGCCAAGGGCCCCAGGUGGGUGUCAGGGGCAGGUGGAGCAGGGCUGUCUUUCAAGUCUAUGUAGGUCUGUCUUUUCUAAGCACUAGACCCCCCCGACUCUGGCAUGCUCCGGGGCAGGGGUGGGGGGGUAUUUAUGUAUCAAAAUCAGAGUAAUAUAUAAAUCAUUAUACCGAC